CCGGAACCCGGAAGUGGAGGGACAGCGUGGGACCCGGAGAGGGAGUAUCUGUGACUAGCCCCUUGGUCUCAGGGCAGUCCUCGGAGAGGCAGUCGGGGCUGGCUGUCCUUGUCUGAGGGGAUGGAGUGAGGACAGCCGUCGGGUCCUCUUCACCCGACUGUGCGGGGCGACCGCUCUGACGGACACAGCAGGGAGCGUCGAGUUCCCCGCGCAGCCCGUGCUAUGCGGCUGCUGUCGUCCGUCAAGGCCGCGACCCGCCGUUGCUCGGGGCGCCUGGUCGCCAGACUCGUCUCCCACGCUGCUGGGCGAGGGGUGCGGCCUGGCGGGGAGGAGCUCAGGCGCCUGCGGCUGGAUGACUUGGCGCCGGCCCCGCAGCCAGAGCUGCUGUUUGGCCUGUCCCCGUGUGUCCUGGCUCUGCGAGCCGCCCGCCGCCGCGUGGCCCGGCUCUUGCUCCAGGCCGGGAGGGCUGGCCUGCAGGGGGAGCGGGCCGAGCUGCUCCGGGCGGCCGAGGCGCGGGGCAUCCCAGUUGUGCGGCCCAGACGGCAGAAGCUGGACGCCCUGUGCCACUACCAGGUGCACCAAGGCGUCUGCAUGGAGGUGACCCCUCUGCGGCCCCGACCGUACACCGAGGCCGGGGAGGCGAGCCCAGGCGAUGACCCCCAGCAGUUGUGGCUCGUCCUCGAGGGGCUCCAUGAUCCCCGGAAUCUUGGGGCUGUGCUACGUACCGCUCACUUCCUCGGAGUGGACAAAAUCAUCACCAGCCGCAGAAACAGCUGCCCGCUCACUCCAGUAGUCAGCAAGGCCAGCGCGGGGGCUAUGGAGGUGAUGGACGUGUUCUCCACUGAUGACCUGACCGGUUUGUUACAGGCCAAAGCCAGGCAGGGCUGGCUGGUAGCUGGCACGGUGGGCAGUCUGGCGCCUGAGACCUCCCAGUCCUCAGAGGUCCCCGUCACUAGUUGCUUAGAGUUCCUCUGGGACCGGCCUACUCUCCUCCUGCUGGGGAAUGAGGGCUCUGGUCUGUCCCAGGAGGUGCAGGCCUGCUGCCAGCUUCUCCUCACCAUCCUGCCUGGGCGCCAGCUCCCUCCUGGGCUUGAGUCUUUGAAUGUGUCUGUGGCUGCAGGAAUUCUUCUUCACUCCAUCUGCAGCCAGAGGAAGGGUUUCCCUGCAGGGGAGGAAAGAGGGCAACUUCUCCAGGACCCUCCAGCUACGUCUCAAGGACUCACAGUGGCUCAGCAUCCAGGACUGUCUUCAGGAUCAGGAAAAGAGAGGCACAGCGGGGGCGGAGGGGCCCUCUGAGAUGUGGGCGUGCCAGAGCCGAGAUGGCUGCAGCUCCCCCGUGUGCUGGAGUCUGCCUACAUGUGCACCUAAGCCCUUGCUUAUUGACCACAGGGAGCUGUGGGACAGGAGCGGCCUUCGAAAUAACGACCAGAGGAAGUUCAGUCUCCCGUUGGAACUUUUGCUGUUGGACUUCCAGUUGGAGGUGGUAGUUGGCUAAUUUCCAGGCUGGGCAAGGGUGGGUGAGGUCUGUCUUCCUGGGUCCUGCCUGGGAGCCAAAGGAAGUGUGCUUCAGGAGGGCCCAGGCAGCCCAAUCCAGGGGUCCGAUUCCUCUAGAACCAGGUCUUGCCUGUGGUGCACGUGAGUGUGAGAAGGCAGAGGGAGGCCCUCUGUGGCCCCUAAGUGCGUAUGUUCAUCUUCAGGUGCCUGGGAGCCCUGGGCCGCACCUGCCUCUUAGGGUUGUUGUGAGGAUGAAAUAAAACCAUCUGGCGUCCUGUGGCCACUCAACAAA